AUGGGUUCGUGCUUGUCCAGUCCUUCCGAUGGGAAGAAGAUGAAGCGCACCGACACCAACCCGGGAAAGAACAACACCGAGCUGCACCGAACCACGUCUUCCUACCAGGGCUCGGUUGCCGAUGGCAUGAGGUACUCUGACCGCGCUGCCAACGCCGAACGCGACCGCCUUACCGCUUCGCAGCUGCACAAGUCCAAGACGCUCGAGGAGAGGAUCAAACAAGCUGAGAAAGAGAACCGAUCUCGAGCGGGAUAA